GGAGGGAGAGAGAGUGGGGGAAACUUUGAGAUUUCGCAGUCUACCUUUAGUUGUGGUUUAGCCUGCCGUUUAACGCCUGAACAAUACGCAAGAACGAGCAAAACUUUGACCAUGUUCAGAUGUGUGAAUCUACUGAUGCUGUUUUACUUUGUCAAUUAUAGCGGAACUGCCCCUGUAGGAAACACUCUUAUAUCUGUGAUGGGGAAAAGGGGAGGAAGCGUCAUCCUGCCGUGUGAAUUUGAGGCCAGAGGGAUUUCUGAUAUUGUUUUAAGCAAAUGGUCAAAAAACAUCCUUGUUUGUGAGAAUGAAGAAUGUAAGAGUGGUCGAGUAUUUAAAAAAGGAUCAUGUGACGUCAUCCUGAUGGAUCUGAUCUUCAGUGAUGCUGGGAAAUACAUUCUGAGACUCUAUUACAAUAAUGAUCAGAGAGAGCUGGAGCGACUAAUCAGGAAGUACCAACUUCAUAUUCAGGAUGAGAUUUCUGUGAAAACAGGAGAGCAGCUGAAGAUGGAUGUUCUGUUGAUCAAUGCUGAGAAAGUGGAGAAAAACUCCAGUGGAGAGUGGACAGAGGUGUGGACGAGAGGUCACGGGGUCAGCAGUGAUCGACUGACCGACAGUAAUGGAAAACUGACCAUUAGUAAUUUUACAGUCUCUGACACUGGAACAUACAGAGUUCUGGACUCUGAAGGAGAAAUCUUGAUCACAGUCACAGUCACAGAAUCUGGUACAGACUUUAAUAGAAAACUGGACACAGAUGAUAUCAAACCUUAUGACACUGAACAAUUUACUGUAGGGCAUUGGAUUUUGUCUGUUGGAAUGGUUGUUUAUGUGGUUCUGCUGACUCUGGUUCUGAUUAUACUUGUCAUCAGGAAACACCAAUUUCGGAACAAGAAAGUGGAUCAUGAUUCCUCCCAAGGGAUCCCAUUGCAAUCAGUUGUACAUGAGGCCCAGAUCACCUGACGUCACUGGUUAAUUGCAAUUCACCUUCAGAAACAACAAUCUGCAGAAGAUUCUGUCAGCAUAUGCAAUAUGUAUUUAAUAUACAAUACAUAUUAACUUUUGGACUGCAAUCUUGCACCAAAAUGAUUUUUGUUGACACUGCAUUUAGUGACAGUGACCUAAAGAUCUGUGGCUGUUUAAAAAAAUAGGUAUAUUCGUCUAAUUUGAAUACAAAAAAAUAAGACUGAUUUGACUUUUGGCUAACUGCUGGUUGGUCAGACUUCUUCUUAAGACUCUGCCUUAUCAUGGUUAUGUGUUUAUGCAGCUGACCUCUGAACUGGUAACAGAAAGGUUACAAAUCCUAAUUCAUGAACUAGGAAUUAUUGUUUCUAUUGCAUCGAUCAACUACUGUUUCUUUUAGCUGCUGCAAUGAUGGCUGAACUACAACAUUAUGGUGUCUAAAACAGUGCUCAGUUUUCACAGCUGAAGCACAUGCUUUACUUUUAGCUUGGGAAUAUAUUGGAAAUGCACAACAAAAGAAUUUUAUAAUUCUCACGGAUUCCAAAUCAUGUCUGCAAGCAAUGGAAGCUUCAGAAACUGACCCUCCUGUGGUAGACUCCGUUUUAAUUAAAGUGGACCAUUUAUCAGUUCUUUAGUAUUAUCUUCUGCUGGGUUCAAAAUCCUCUUUCAGACCUCAAGCCUACUGUGAAAACAACAAAUGACAUAAAAUCCAUCCUAAAAUGGAUCCUCAGCAGACUUUUAUUCCAUUUUAAAGCAAGAUUUGAUCAAGUGGUUGUUGACUGGGCGUCGUAUUGGACCUACAAGACGGACUGAUUCAAUUCUGCUGAAAAAUGAAGAGACCCGACCUUAUGUAGGUUCUGCAAGAUCUGCCUUUCUAUUAAACAUGUCUCAUUGGACUGUCCUGCUUUGAAUGUAAAGAAGACAAUGUCUUUAUUUAAUAAGCUCAUUUAAGCCCUUGUUUAGUAAGAUUUUACCAUAAAAAGUUUGAUUUUGUAGCAUAUAUAAAUGUAAACCAUCUUGGAUUAUCUUGUGAUUUAUUUUUCUUUUCUAUUUUUAUUUAUUUAUUGUAUUUAUGGAACUCUUGUUUUUCAGGUACAUAAAUUUAAAUUUAAAGUCUCCCUGUGGUGAAAAUCAAGUUUUUAAUGUUGUUUAUAUGUCUCUGUGGUGUUUUAAUGUGCUUUUAAGACAAACCAUGUGCAAAUUCAUAAGUCAACACCAUU